AUGGAAGAUUCGAGAGAAGGCGCCAUCGGCGGUGAGCCCCAAGACCAUCACACAGGCCAGGCUGGCUGCGCGGCACCGGAGCGACAUCCAAGCACCUUUUCGGGGAAGCCGGAUGAAGACGUGGAAGACUGGUUGAAGCACUACCAAAGACCGCGGCUGCCGCUGCUGCCGGGCGUGAAAGCUGCUGCGACGGCGAGGUUGGGCGGCGGUGGCCGAUGGGGCUGCAUGGCGUUGGGCGGCACAUGGACCGACUUCCAGAGACUGAUUGCCGAGCCCCUGCAGGUGCGCCUCUCGCCGCGCCUCGACUCGCAGGGUGAUGAAUGGUGCUCUGAUGCCAAGCACUCCACAACGAGCUGGACUGAAACUUCAACAUGCCGUAAGGGCUUCUCAUCUCCGGUGGAGCCACUGCACUCACUCUCUUCCUACAAUGCCUCGUUGGGGUGCCACCAGAGGGUUCCACUCAAUCAAGCGCAGCAGCAAAGUGAAGUUGGUGGCGGCCCGUGGUGGCUGUCGGAGCCAAAUACAGGGCUGCUACCACCUCCCGACAGCCACCACUACACUCCACCAGGUGCUAACAACAAUUCUGGCAGUGGCGAUCAAUUCUACUCUCCCUGGAACCUGCCCAGUCCAUGCCAGCGCCCAAGCCACAUGACCACGACUAAUGGCAUCACUCAGUUUGGGCGACAGCUGUCGGCGGGCGACAGCAUGUCGUGCGUGGGAAGGCCACCCUCUGAAGGGGUUGUGGCACUCGACGACAUGGUGGCACGCCUGGUGGAUGAUGACCAGGUGAUGCCUCAGCAUCAGCAGCAGAUGGCGCGGGGCCUGCUCACCACAAGACAUAGCAGUGGUGGUGGUGGAGGAGGACACUAUGGAGCCUCCCCCGGACACGGAUUCUCUUUGGCCGGCCUUGGCAAUGGCAGCCUCUCCUGCAGCAGAGAAGGUAGCAACAGCGGAAGCAACGCAGACUUCAGCUCUCUGGCCCUGGCGUGUGCGUCAGAAGCAUUUGCCCAAGAUGCCCUGGGCUAUCUCAGCAGCCUUGGAACAGGAGGGCACCAUUCCAGUGGCAGCAUUAGCAAUACGAGCCAGCAUCAGCAGGCAUCCCUGCUAAACUCCGAGGAGUGCCAGCCUCUGCAAAGCAGUGAUUCUCUGGGGCCUGCUUGGUCAACAGCUGCGGCUGGUGCUGGUGCGAAGCUGCCACUGCCUCCACUCAACCACCAAGGCAUGCAGAGCUCAGAACUCGAGCCACCUUGUGGAAGCUAUGGCCACGCGCAGUCAUUGCAGCAGCACAAUGUGCCACUAGACCUGAGCCCACGGGGGAUGGGAGGUGGCACUGGCAACUGCAGCGGCCUGACAACAGCUGCAGUCCAUGAGAUGCGGCAACGGCAGCAGCUCCUGCAACACCUGCUAGCCACGGGAGGCUACCCCACCCUGCAGCAGCACAUGGCUGCCAUGGCAGCUGCGGCCAGGGAGCAGCAGUUUGCCUACUCCCCACCGGCUACCACUGACUCUCGUGUAGCACCUGGCUGCGGGGCUCGCUCCACGGCAGGACUACUCCGGCCUAGUGGCAGCGGCGGCAGCGGCAUGUGGAAUGGCUACAGCGGCAGUGGCAGCAAUGGCCCAUACGAGCCAGCAGGCCUCACUAACGGCCUAGCCAUUGGAGGGGACCGGCUGGUCAGUGCCACCGAGUGCCGAGCGGCCUGCUGA